UGUGCCACCACCACUGCUGGUGUUAAAUUAAAGAAAACGAAAACAAAUCGGAAAAAGACGGAAGUGAGUGCCUUUCUGCUGCCGCCGGUGCUGUGCUGAGAUCGCCUCGCCAAAAUAGUCAAAGUCCUCGAGAGCGAGAGAUACCGAUUGCAGAGCGUCGCAAGGAAAAACAGAACCAACAGCUAGAGCAAACAUGGCACUGAAGAAAGUGAAGGGUAACUUUUUCGAGCGUAUGUUUGAUAAAAACCUCACCGAUUUGGUGCGCGGCAUUCGGAACAACAAGGAUAAUGAGGCCAAAUACAUAUCGACGUGCAUCGAGGAGAUCAAACAGGAGCUGCGACAGGACAAUAUCAGUGUCAAGUGCAAUGCAGUGGCCAAGCUGACCUACAUACAAAUGCUGGGCUACGACAUCUCCUGGGCAGGCUUCAACAUCAUCGAGGUGAUGAGCUCAUCCAGAUUCACCUGCAAGCGAAUUGGCUACCUGGCGGCCAGUCAAUGCUUCCAUCCGGAUAGUGAGCUCCUCAUGCUGACCACCAAUAUGAUACGCAAGGAUCUCAACUCACAGAACCAAUACGAUGCGGGUGUGGCGUUGAGUGGACUAAGCUGCUUCAUAUCACCCGAUCUGUCCCGCGAUUUGGCCAACGAUAUUAUGACACUGAUGAGCUCAACAAAACCGUAUCUGCGCAUGAAAGCCGUCCUUAUGAUGUAUAAAGUAUUUUUACGCUAUCCCGAAGCAUUGAGACCUGCAUUUCCCAAACUCAAGGAGAAACUGGAGGACCCAGAUCCAGGUGUUCAAUCGGCUGCCGUUAAUGUUAUUUGCGAGUUAGCGCGUAAAAAUCCUAAAAAUUACCUGCCCCUGGCGCCGAUCUUCUUCAAGCUCAUGACCACAUCGACCAACAACUGGAUGCUGAUCAAGAUCAUCAAGCUGUUUGGCGCUUUAACCCCCUUAGAACCCCGGCUAGGAAAGAAAUUAAUAGAACCACUCACAAAUCUAAUUCAUAGCACCUCGGCGAUGAGUCUCCUGUACGAGUGCAUCAACACGGUGAUCGCGGUGCUAAUCAGCAUCAGCAGCGGCAUGCCCAACCACAGUGCCUCCAUCCAGCUCUGCGUGCAGAAGCUCCGCAUCCUUAUCGAGGAUUCCGACCAGAACCUGAAAUACCUUGGACUGUUGGCCAUGUCGAAGAUCCUGAAGACGCACCCGAAGAGCGUGCAGGCGCACAAGGACCUAAUUCUCGCGUGCCUGGACGACAAGGACGAGUCGAUCCGACUGCGCGCCCUCGACCUGCUGUACGGCAUGGUCUCGAAGAAGAACCUCAUGGAGAUCGUUAAGCGUCUGCUCGGCCACAUGGAGCGGGCGGAGGGCUCGGCCUACCGGGACGAAUUGCUCUACAAGGUGAUCGAGAUCUGCGCCCAGAGUUCCUACCUGUACGUGACCAACUUCGAGUGGUAUCUCACCGUGCUCGUGGAGCUCAUUCAGCUGGAGGCUGGCUCACGGCACGGCCGCCUGAUUGCCGAGCAACUCCUGGACGUGGCCAUUCGCGUGCCAGUGGUGCGGCAAUUCGCCGUCAACGAGAUGACCAACCUGCUGGACACGUUCACCGUCUCGGCGCAGAGCAACUCCAUGUACGAGGUGCUCUACGCGGCCGCCUGGAUUGUGGGCGAGUUUGCCGGCGAGCUGGAGGAUGCGGAGAAGACGCUCAACAUCCUGCUGCGUCCGCGGCAGCUGCCCGGUCACAUCCAGGGUGUCUACGUGCAGAACGUGAUCAAGCUGUUUGCCCGCCUGGCCACCACAUGUCUGGAGGUUCAGGAUUUGCCGGGAUUAGUGAGGCUCUGCGAUCAUGUACUCGAUAAACUGCAACACUUCAAUGGCUCCAGCGACAUUGAGGUGCAGGAGCGAGCCAACUCGGCUUGCAUGCUGAUCGAGAUGCUGCGCAACCAACUGGCCACGACGGACGAUGCCAUGGACACGGGCUGCAUUCCGCCACUGGCCAUUGAGAUUGUCCAGGAGAUGACGCUGCUGUUCGCUGGCGAGCUGAUACCGGUGGCGCCCAAGGCGCAAAGGAAGGUGCCGCUGCCGGAUGGCCUGGAUUUGGACGAGUGGAUCAACGCACCGCCGCCGGAGGAUGCGGCGAGCAGUUCGUCCUCGGAGCACGACAAGGACGAGCUCUUCGUCAGCGCCUCGCAAGGCGGCGCGGGCGUGGAGGGAGGCGGCGGUGGCGGAGGAAGUGGCGGCAAGCGGCGACAGAGCCUGGAACUGACGCCCGAGCAACUGGAGCGCCAGCGGAUGGCGCGUCUCAUGGAGCAGUCGAACAAUCCCCACUACCUCAAGUCCACGCCGACGGCGAGCGGAGGGUCGGCGAAUGCGGAUCAGUACGACAAUAUCGACGACAUUCCCAUCACGGAGCUGCCGCUGGACAUGGAGGGCGUGGCUGCGCUGCGGGUGGGCAUUACCAAGCGAUCGGAUAAAUACCUGCAGGAGCAGCAGGCGGCGGCGCAGGGCGGCAAGGAUGGCAAGAAGAAGCAUAAAAAGGGCAAGAAGAGCAAAAAGGCUAAGAACAAAGUGGCAUACAACAGCAGCUCCGAGUCGGAAGGAGAACCGAAGCCCCUGCAUAUUGUGAACACCACGCUGGACAUGCCCGAGGGGGUUUCCCUGUCGGACAGCGAGGACAAGGACGGCAAGUACGAUCCGAAUGACCCGCAUCGAGCGCUGGACAUUGAGCUGGAUAUAACGGACUUCGAGGCGCCCGCCGUGAGGUCCUCCUCCUCCAAGAAGUCGACGACGGGCAAAGAGAAUCUCAAGGCGCCGGCUGAGCUGGCCGGCAGCAGUAGCAGCUCCAAGAAGGAUCGGAAAAAGGACAAGGAUAAGGAGAAGGAGCGGAAGAAGCAUCGGGAGGGCAGGCGGGAAAGGAGCGCCCAGCCGGUGAUUGAUCUCAUCGACGCCGACACGCCCACUCCCAGUCCCAGCCACACUUCCGCCCCCAGCAACGACAACAACAAUACUUCAAGCCUCCUUCCAGCCGAUGUCGCCAGGCAACACAAAAAGAAGAAGAACAAGGAGAAGUCGCGGGAAGCGGCGCCCGAAAGCGGCAUCCUUAAUGUGCUGGAAGAGGAGGGGGAGGUGGAGCAGCAGGUGGCCUCCAAGGCGCACAAGAAGAAGCAUAAAAAGGAGAAGUCGCAGCGCAAGGAGAAGAAGGCUUCCGACUCUGCAUCCGCAUCCGUAAUCGCCGGCAUUUCGUCCAGCGACUACGAACAGCCACUGGGAAUCUCAACGCCCAGCAAAGAGAUUUUUUAAUUGCUAAGCUCCAAGUUCCACUAUUAUAAUUAUUAUUAAUAUGUACGAUUGUGAGGAACCUCUGUUUUUCCCGUGUGUCGAUUCAUUGCGCGUUUAUUUGAAAAAGAAAAGGGAGCAGCGAAGCGAGCUUCAGACUUUCCAAUUUCAUCAAGUUGAAACAAUUGCCUCCUAUAGAAAAGAAAACCUAACAAAUUAUCGCUGCGAUAUAAAAACAUAACAAACAUUGAACAAAUUUAAAUGCUAACAAAAAAAAAAAAGAAAACUAAAUCAACAUAAACCGUAUAUAUGUAUACAUAAAUAUUAAUAUAUAGAACUGUAAUUUUAAAGUGUAAAAUGCCGCCAGUCUGCCAAUUGCGGCUUAAAAAAAGAAACAAGCAACAAACGGAAAACAGAAAACAGAUCAACUAUAAAUCAUAAUUCUACGCCGAUCGAUUCCUGUGUACUAUCUAUUUUUGAUGAAUUUGUAGCCUAGAGCAUGCGAUUCCACUAAAAACACACCCACAAAACACAGACAAUUAUAUACCUAUAGUUAUAUAAUAUGGAAUUUUAUAAUGAAUCCCACACAGAAUAGAGCUAACUGAGCUGCAUGGAUUGUAAAGAACCCGAAUUAUAUAUGUAUGUAUACACGUGAACCAUGUGAAUCAAAUAUAAAGUACUGCUAUACCAUAAUUACUGAACAACUGAGACAGAAACGGAAACGGAACAGAAGCUAA